AUGCCUGAAAACUGUAAUAAUUUAAAAUGGACAGUCUUCUAUAAAAACCAAAUUUAUGUAAUUAACAGAAGCACGAGACUUAUUGAGAGUGUGGAGAGAAAACUCGGAACGAAAAAGUCGGGAAAUUGUAGACAUUUGGGAUUCCUUACUGUUAGAUAAAAUGGAUAAACUUGGAAACGAAAAAUACCUAAUAUUGGAGCAAGUUUGCGUGGCUGCGUUGGAUUGCCACAGAUUACCUUUAGCCGAAUAUACUAGUAAAAUAUUAAUGAAAGAAUUUCCUGGUAGUUUAAGAGUACACAAAUAUCAUGCCAUGCAUUUGGAAGCUCUGGAAUUGUAUGAUGAAGCAUUAGAGGUUUUGGAAUCAAUAAUAAAAAGAGAUGAAACUAAUGCAGCACCAAGAAAACGCAAAGUAGCUAUUUUCAAAGCUCGUGGUAAAACGGCUGAGGCUAUUAAAGAGCUCACAGAAUACUUGAAAGUGUUUAUGAGUGAUCAAGAAGCUUGGUAUGAACUCUGUGAUUUGUAUUUAAAAGAACAAGAAUAUGCUAAAGCUGCAUUUUGUAUGGAAGAAUUGAUCCUUCACAAUCCACAUAACCACCUUAUUUACCAAAGAUAUGCAGAAAUAAAAUAUUCACAAGGUGGUUUUGAAAAUAUUGAAACAGCCAAAGUAUACUUUAGUCAAGCAGCCAAAUUGAACCCCAAUAACAUGAGGGCUCUCUAUGGCUUGUUAUUAUCUGCUAACUACAUCGCAACAUCUUCAAAGUGCCCUUUAUCAAAGAAAAAAGAAGCAAUCAAACUAAGUGAGUGGACAGCAAGUCAAAUUGAGAAACAGUACAAAACUAAAGUUUUCGAUAAUAGUAAUAUUGAAAAUUUGGAAAGUUUGAUAGAAAAAUUGCAUUUAGAUGCAUAAAUUAUAUAUUUAUACAUAGAUAA